GAUUAUUCUCAGACCGAACCACUCGUGUGCCUAUCUUUUGUUCCUGUCUCAAAAUAUUCCGCCUGUGCGUCUCUCAGAUACUCAUUGGUUACGACAGGUGCUGCCGGAAAGCUUCGCGGUUGUUCCCCCAUUACUUUGCAUACAUACCCCGGCCAAUCUAGACUUCGUUCACCAAAGGUUCCUGGCAUCAAGGAUCAAGAACCAACUAUAAAUCAUGAGCGAGACCAGUUCCUCCAAUCCUCCUUCUCCCGGAGCAUCUACACCCCUUUCAUCGUUACCAUCAUCCCCAACUCUUUCCAAUGCCAUAUUGGAAGCAGAGGUCUCAGAGCAGGCUAAAGAAAAGGCGGCGAAGUUGAAAGCCCAAGCUAAUAAAGCAUUCAGCAAUCACCAUUUCACCGAAGCAGCCGAUCUCUACACACAAGCGAUCGAGCUUAAUCCGAAGGAUGCUACACUUUGGUGUAAUAGGGCGUAUACGAGAAUCAAGUUGGAGGAGCACGGUUAUGCUCUAAACGAUGCAUCAACGGCAAUUCAACUGGAUCCAAAGUACUCAAAGGCUUACUAUCGACGAGCGACAUGCUAUCUACAGACUCUGCAAUAUAAGAAAGCCAUUGGGGACUUCAAGAAAGUCCUUGCGCUCGAGCCACAAAAUGCCGUUGUGAAACAACAGCUCGAUGGCACACAGAAGCUGAUGCGACGUGUUGAGUUCGAAAAGGCUAUUGAAGUGGAGGAAGAGAAGAACCCUGUGGAACGGUGCAUAGAAAUCAUCAAAGAAGGCGGAUGUGAAGUAGAUAAGACAUACGCCGGUCCAAAACUUCCUGUCGGCACGAACGGGAAGUUCACCAUCAACUUAGACUUUAUACACGCCAUGAUAGAAUGGUUCAAGAAUGGAAAGACAUUGCCUCGUAGAUAUGUAUGGGAGAUUGCCAUCGGUGCUCAAGAGCACUUUGUCCAGGAAGAAUCUCUGGUCACGCUUGAUCUGAAGGAGGGCAUGACUUGUGAUGUAAUUGGCGACGUGCAUGGGCAAUAUUGGGACAUGCUUCAUUUAUUCUCCCUCACGGGUGAACCUACUGACAAACAUUGUCUACUCAUGAAUGGUGAUCUUGUCGAUCGUGGCUCAUGGUCGAUUGAGGUCAUCCUCACUGCAUUAGCGUUCAAAUGGCUGUAUCCCAAAACCAUGUACAUCAACCGAGGAAACCAUGAGACAAAGGACAUGAACCGCGCAUACGGUUUCGAGGGAGAGGCCAAACACAAGCAUGGCGAUCAGACUUACAAGCUCUUCGCACAUCUCUUCACUACGAUGCCUCUUGCAACGCUUGUCAGCGCUACCAGACCACCACCAGAACCUAAAGGCAAGGCUAUCCUGUCGUCUGAUGGUCGAAAACGAUACUUCGUGGUUCACGGUGGCCUGUUCAGCAAAGACGGUGUCACUCUAGAAGAUAUUCGCAAGAUCGAGCGUAUUAGUCGACAACCUGGGCAAGAAGGUUUGAUGUGCGAGCUACUUUGGACAGAUCCUCAAGAUUUGCCAGGGCGUGGCCCGAGUAAGAGGGGCGUCGGCAUUGCGUUCGGUCCUGAUGUCACUCGGAGAUGGUGUGAAUCCAACGAGAUUACUGGUGUCAUCCGUUCGCACGAAGUUCGUCAAGACGGUUAUGCGAUAGAACACGACGGUCUAUGCACAACUGUAUUCUCUGCGCCAAACUACGUCGACCAAACUGGAAACAAAGGCGCAUUUAUUCGGGUCGAUGCCGAGGGCUCUCUGCAAUACACCCAAUUCGACGCAACGCCUCAUCCUCCAAUGAAACCAAUGGCCUAUGUUACAGGCGGAUUAGCAAGCUUGUUGGCUUGAAACUACUGCUGACGAUUUGUAUCCCAUCUACUGAGCACACACACGAUUGUAUCCGUAAGACAUGCUGUACAGUACGAACAUCGCUGUAUAUAUCCACACUUAUUCAUUGCGUUGACAGUCACACUACUGGCUGGCAUAUCUCUUGACGAUUUCCCUGACCGUAGGAGCUAUUCCUGAACAGAUAUUUACCGUAUCCUUCUGCGAACUCGGGAUUAGCAGCGAUUUGGGACCUGUCGGUAGAGUCUCUUACCCAAAUCUCCUCCUGCACGUUGCGUCCUUCUUCGCUCCGGACCCACGCGCUAGGUUCGACCAACUGUGUUGAAGAAACGUAGCCGCCGUGGAGCUUCUUCAAGUCGUCCUCGCUUGCACCUUGGGGUCCCAACGCAGCCCAGAUCAAUUCACGACUGCCUUCCUCCGAACUCCUGGCAUUGGCUAGCCAAGUGUCCCACUGACCUCGGUCUUCAAUGUAUCAUCUGAGGUCGGACACACAAAAGCCCGGAUUGACUGUGUCAACUAUGACGGGAGCCUUGGGACCAAUGUGAUGGGCAAUUGCACGGGUGAAUAACACGUUGAGAACUGAUAAUAGCGGCGUUAGGAAAGCAAGUUAAUAAUCCAUCUUGCUGACAGUUGCUCACGUU